AUGAAUCACCAACGACGUAUUGAGCGAGUCUCUCGCGUGAUCAAGGGAUCACGUACAUCCUCUUCCCCCGUCAACGGCCAAAGGUUACAACUAACCAAGCCGCUGACAUUCACGCAUUAUAGCCAAGCCAAGCCACAGCCAGCACAAGUCGAAAAUGCGUACCCACAAAGGGUCGAAUACGUUUACCUCUACACAGUCGAGAUGAAACGCGAGGUUGCUAGUAUAGCUGCCGAGACACAGAUCAUCAAGGAAGAUUACAGAUUUAGGGUUGCUCGACUGGAGCGUGAUAUCGCACAGAUGCAGCGUCGACUAGAGCAGAUGGAGCGUUCAAAAGCACAGACAAUGACCGCCAACAGCUAUGGAGAAUUUCAAUUUGAUGACAGUUUCCUAUCGGGCAAUAUGGAAUCCAAAUGUUGGUGUAUCAAUGGUCCUGAGGAUAGAAGGAUCGCUGAGACAGCUGCGUAA